UAAGCCAAAAGGAGUUCAAAGCAACACGCAUAUACACACACACACACACACACAUAUACAUAUAGCAUGCAGGUCACAAAGCUUUUAUAGACAAUUGUACACGGAAAACGGAGCAAAAGCCAAAAACUAGAGUAAAUUUGUUGCGGCACAAUUGGGCACGUGUCGCAGCAAGUGGAGCUCUAGGGAGGCGACAGGUUAAAGGGGCGCGUUUGCGCUCGUGCACAAAAGGAAGUAGCGUUCGCAGCUUAAGGUGGCAAGCACACACACACACACACACAGAUGCAAAUAGAAGUAUGUAGGCACAAGGAAUCAACGAAAAAUGGCGUUUAAGACUCGCAGUUCACAAGUUGAGUGCACUCACACACACACACACACACAUGCAGAGAAGCGCGUGAAGAGAAGCGAAAGCAAUCGAAAUGCAUUUGAAUUGAGUGUGUGUGUGUGUGUGUGUGUGUGAGAGUGCGUGCGUGUGCGAGGGUGUUUGCAAGUGCUCCAUAAUGCAAAAAGGUAGUAAAAAAAAAGGGUAAAACCAAAAAAAAAAAAAGUAUAAAAUGGGCAGAGCACUUGCCACCACACAAAAAGAUUUACACGACACUUAAGCCAAAAAAAAAAACGGACGCACGCCACGCGCUGCUACUAAAAAGAAGGAAGAACUUGCGGAGCGAGCAGAGGUGAGCGCGACGUCAUGGCUGAGAGCAGCGGCAGCGGCAGCAACAAUAACAAGCGCGUUAAGGCCGCGCGGUAGGGUGUGCCGCAAGUAGCCCUAGAACUAAGCGCAACUCAUUUGGAUAUGCUUUUAGCACUCAGUUUUAGUCAAAGUAUAUUGAGUGUGGCUCCGUUGCGGGCCAAGUGAACAGUCCGAAUUGGCCGGGCAACGCAGCCGGACGUGAAAUUGACGCUUAAAUAGAGCACGGGUUCAAGGCUGAUAGAAAAUACCUGCGCGAAACAUAUAAAAUGGACGACGAUACGGAUAUCUUUGACAUAGAUCCAAAGGAAGCUUGGCUAGAAAAAAUCACCAUAGGCGGCUUUCGGCGCUGGCACAUCAUAGCCUCCGUGCUGGGCAUACUAAUGAGUAUUAUGAUAAUGGUCUGCUGCUGUAUACGCUUUCGCAUACCGCGCACCAAACAGGAAAUCGAAGCCGAUUAUCAACGCAAACAGAUAACCAAAAAGUUUCGCGAGAAAUUGCAACAAAUCAAAAACUCCGAAAUGGACGAUAUGGAUCUGCAGAAAGUCUGUGCGCGUAUUCAGGGCGACUAUAUGAAUCUGCAGGCGAGCGUGGAAUGCAUGAACGAGAAGCAGAAUGUUAAAUUUAAGAUCUAAUCUGUUAUACAACUUAUAUACUAUAUAACAUCAUGAUAAUAAAACUAGAGCGCAGUCUACACAUUU